AUGGAGAUAUCAAAUAUAAAUGAUUUAUCUGAGCUAAUUAAGGAGAAAUAGAAAGUAUAUACAUUUCGAAAACUUGAAUUAAAAGAUGCUAAAGAUAUCUAAUUGCUUAUGGCUAAGUCAUUCGUUUCUGAUAAUGAAGGCAUGAAAAUAUUAUAAGUAACUGAAGAGGAUCUAAACACAGAGUUCAAUCUUAAAUAAUAGUAAUAUCUUUUUAAGUUAUCAUUAGUUAAUGGAUGAUUUAAGAGAAUUUAUCUUUUGGAGCAUUUCAUGGAAAUUAAUUAGUAUGUGCAUGUUUGACUUAUGAUUUAUCAUCUAAUAAUGACUUAUAUUAUGAAGGACCAGAGCCAUCUGAAGCUAUGUCAGAAAUUUAAGAAUUAGUAGGCUUCUUGCUUGGCGAAUAUGCUUAUACGAAAAGUAUGGAAGAUAAAGAAAUAGCUUAUUUAAGUCAUCUGGCAACCAAGGCUGAUCCAUUUAGCUCUUUCAUGUGCUUAUUUGUCAGUGGAAGAAUGUAGAAAACAAGGUUUCAUAUAAAUGAUUUGCAAAGCCUCACAUAUAGGUACUUAAAAAAGCAUCUCAAAAAUUUUCAAAAAGUAUGA